AUGCUUUCCUGCACCUUUUCACUGUCCUCCGGUGUGACUGUAGGAAGAGGUCUGUGGAAGCUCAACUGCUCCCUGUUAAAGGAGACUGACGUAGUCCGUCAGUACAGGGAGCAGUACAAAGAGUGGCAGACCCUUCAGGACUUGCACGAGACACGAGCACACUGGUGGGAGAUGGUGAAAGCCCGGACUAAGACCUUUUUUAGACGGGUGGAGGGAUUGAUUCACCCGGAUCAAGCCUGUGCCGUACCCGGGAGGAGGAUCACCGACAGCCUCGUACUGAUCCGAGACACCAUCUGUUAUGCGAGAGACAGAAACAUUCGGCUAGUAGUCCUAAAUCUAGACUUUGAGAAAGCCUUCGAUCGGGUCUCGCACCAGUACCUCUUUGAGGUGCUGCGAAAAGUGGGUUUACCUGACAGGUAUAUAGAGUGGGUGGGGCAACUAUACCGUGGGAUCAGCAGCAGAUUCAUUGUUAACGGGCAUUUGACAAAGGCAGUGCAAAUCAACUGCGGUGUCCGUCAGGGCUGUCCGUUAUCUGCCCUCCUGUACAUACUUUGCAUCGAGCCGCUGGCACAGGUCUUGAGAAGGGACCAACAAAUCAGGGGGGUGGGCAUCCCGGGUGGGGGGGGGCUCACCGCCAAAUGUGUUUUAUAUAUGGACGACGUGAAUGUUUUAUGCACCGACCUUUUAUCCGUCAACAGGACUCUGGACUUGACUGACUGGUUUGGACUGGCCUCUGGGUCUAAGCUCAACAGAGCAAAGACCCAAGCCCAAUUUUAUGGACCGUGGACCCCCGACGAGACUGCUGGACUCCCCUUGACCGUGACCCAAGGACAGAAAAUACUGGGAAUCAGGAGAGUGAUUUUAAACCUGGAGUGGGCAAUCUUCUAUUUUAUCUGGGGCUCCAAGUGGGAGCGGGUGAGGAGGGAGGUCCUGAAGAAGCCAAAGGAGAAAGGAGGCAAAGGCGUGCCGGACCUCCCUCUGUUCCUUGGAGCCCGCUUCAUCGCCCUUCACCUCGCUCUGGCGACGAGCCCAUCCAGAAACCCCAAGACUAUGGCUUUUACAAGAUUCUGGAUGGGCUCCUUUUUAAGAAGGAAAAAGUUUUUACCCAUUGACUUGAGAGUCCCUGUGUCUUUUAACCUGCCCUUGUUUUAUGCUUUUAUCCCGACCUUUUUAAAGCGUUUUAACCUGGAGCAGGAGGAGUUGCAAGUUUUAACCAAACACCGUCUUUUAAUCUCCUGUGUGCAGGAGCGGGAACCAGUGAGUCCGGUGCGCGGGCUCGCAAUUGGUGAGCCCUCCGAGGUUUGGCGCAAUGUGAACCAUCCUGCUCUGCCAAACAGACUCCGGGACCUGUCCUGGAUGGUAGCUCAUGAGGUCCUCCCAGUCAGGUCCGUCAUGCACUCCCGGGGCCUCUUGCAGUCCGCAACCUGUCCCCGGCCGGGUUGUGGCGCGCCCGAGUCGGUGAGACACUUGCUCUGGGAGUGCAGCGCCGCCGUCGACCAGUGGGCAACAGCCGGCUCCUUACAAUUCCCGUACCUACCAGCAGGGGAGGUCCUCACAGCACAGCUGAUGCUGUACGGGGUGGGCCUAAGUCCAAAUUCAAAAAAGGACUUCACAAGAAUCUGGCUCACCCUCGCCGCCACCAAAGACGCCAUAUGGACCUCCAGAAACCUGCUGGUAGGAAGGCACAUGCAGAUCCCCCCCGUGGCUGUGAUCCGGAUGGCAGCGGCCACAGUCCGAGAGGCUGUGGCUGCAGGCGGCGGGCCCUAG